AUACUGAUGUCAACCCCCUUGCAAAAUCAGCUCCGCCUUUAGUUUUUUUUCCAGGACGAUUUGAACUUCCUUUACUCUAGCCAAUAGCAAGAUUACAUUUGACUAUUUCAAGAUUGACCAAAUACGCUACUACGUGCAGUGUUUCUAUACAUCUGAGUGAUAACCAAAAGAGCAGCUCUGCAUUUUAGAAAAUGUCUCAUUCUCUAAACUUAACAAACACAGGCAGAAGAUUAUCUCAGUGGCUCUUCUAUGUCAUCCUCAUGUCAGCUUUACUCUGUGAACCCAGCAAGUGCAAUGGAGAAUCAGCUUCCCAGCAAACCUCCCACUUCUCUGCUUAUGAGGUGACUGUACCCAAACGCAUAACAAGACAGAGGAGAGACCUGGAUGGCCAAGACACAGGGCAGGUCUUUUAUGCUAUUCAAACCCAAGGAAAAGAGCACAUCCUGGUCCUAGAGAGGAAUACGUUGCUGCUUCCUGAAGAUUUCACAGUAUUCACAUAUCACAAAAAUGGCUCUCUCAUCACCCAGAGACCAAACAUGCAGAAUCACUGCUACUACAGGGGCUAUGUGAAGGACAUGGAGGGGUCGUCUGCUUCUCUCAGCCUCUGUUCCGGACUCAACGGGCGGUUAGUUAUUGGGAAUUCUACAUUUGGGAUCGAGCCUCUGGACGGUUCCUCUGACUUUGAGCAUGUGGUGUACCGCUUGGAGGAUGAGGAGACGGAACUUCUCAGCUACGGAACCACUCACGCUCAUCGCCAUGACGACCAGACUGUAGAGCACACCCGCAAUGACUUUGUUAAGCAACCUCUUAAGCAUUUACACAGGAGCAAGAGGGCCAUAAUGCAGCAGACCCACUAUGUGGAGCUGAUGCUGGUGGUGGAUGUAGAGAGAUUUAACUUCAGCAAAAGAGAUGCUAGAGCUGUCCAAGAGCAGAUGAUUCAGCUGAGCAACCACAUUGACAGUAUGUAUGCGCAGCUGAACAUCCGUGUGGUGUUGGUUGGGCUGGAGAUCUGGACCGCAGGGAACCCCAUCAGUCUGGAUGGAACUAAUCAGCAAAUUCUACACCGCUUUGUUAACUGGAGGAAGCAGUAUCUGCUGCCACGGCAACCCCAUGACAGCGCACAACUCAUCAUCAAAAAAUUUCUCAGGUCAAAACAGGCAGCAUAUUUGAAUGGCGUUUGUUCCCCUGACAUUGGUGGUGGAGUAAACAUGUUCUUAAAAAACGAUGUGGCCUACUUAGCCUUUGUGGUAUCCCAUGGGCUGGGACACAAUCUAGGCAUGAGACAUUUGUCUCAUCGGAACUGCCGCUGUCCAGGCAAGACUUGCAUCAUGAACUCUACUUCUGAUCGGUCCACUAGCUUCAGUAGCUGCAGUUCUGAUGACUUUGAGAUGAUGGUUCAGCAGAUGCAACAUAACUGUCUGCUCAAUAUGCCAAAGCCACACAAGGCCUUCAGCAAGCCCGCCUGUGGCAAUAAGCUGCUGGACCCGGGCGAGGAGUGUGACUGUGGCUCAGAGGAGGAGUGUGAGAAGGACCCGUGCUGUGAGCCAAAAACCUGUAAGCUGAAGUCCUGGGCUCAGUGUGCCUAUGGUGAAUGCUGCAGGAACUGUAAAUUCCUGGCCAGUGGUUACGAGUGCCGCAGCCAGUCAGACGAGUGUGACCUACCUGAGUACUGCAACGGCUCGUCUCCUGUCUGUCAGGCUGAUGUCUUUUUGCAGAACGGCCAUCUCUGCAGGAACAGCCAAUCAUAUUGCUACAAUGGCAAAUGCCGACACCACGACAGCCAAUGCCAGACCUUGUUUGGCUCCCAGGCAAAGUCUGCAGCGGAUGAGUGCUUUGAGUUGUUAAACUCUAAAGGUGACCGCUUUGGAAACUGUGGCUACAAUAUUGUCAAGUGUGAGAAAAGGAAUGCCAUGUGUGGGAAGCUGCAGUGUGAGAAUGUCCGCUCCAGGAAAGUUUUUGGCAUUGAGCCUGACAUCUCCUCGACAUCCUUUGGCAGCCACACAUGCUGGGGCGUGGAUUUAAGGCUGGGGCUAGACGUGCCCGAUCCAAUUAUGGUCAAUGAUGGCACAAAGUGUGGAGAGAACCAGGUGUGCAUAGAUUACCGGUGCAGAAAUGUGUCGAUGCUCAACUACGACUGUGAUGCAGAGAAACAAUGCCAUGGCCACGGGGUGUGCAACAGCAAUAAGAACUGCCAUUGUGAUUACGGCUGGGCCCCUCCUUUCUGCGAGGAAGAGGGCUAUGGAGGCAGCAUAGACAGUGGCCCCGCGUACAAUGACAUCACUUCAAGAGAGGGCCUUUUAGUGUUAUAUUGCUUGGUUCUGCCUCUGCUGUGCCUUGGUUUGAUUGUGUACUACAAGAGGAAUGAACUACAACAGCACUUGUGCAGGAAGAGAUCUCCACAGGACAACCGAGAACCCCAGGCCAGCAACCAACUCCCCACUGACUGGGAAGAAACCCAGAGGAGCGCGGUUAACAAUGAAGUUGUUAAACCGAGUGAGACAGCUUCUGCCUUCUCUUACACCCAAUACCUACCCGAGUCACCAUUCAGGUCUUCUCUAGCAGUAACACAAGGGGUGCCUCAGCGCCCACAUCCUCAACCUCCUGUGUAACACUCACUCAGAGGGCAGGCGUGUGUGUCUG